GCGAAAGAGAAAUGUUUGUGAUGUAGGUGGAGUCAGUGUUGAUCAGGGGAGGGUGAGAAAAGCGAGCUUGAACAUGUGCAGAGAAGUGUUAAGAGCGAGGGCAGCAGGUACUUUUGGUGUCACAGAACAGAGAGACGGAGGCAGUGGCAGAGAAGAGAAGUGUGAUAAGCAGCUUGGGAAAUGACUGUGUGAAUUAUUUGUUGUUCCGUUCAGAGGCCUCGGUUGUUCUCACACAGAAAUGAAUGGUGAUGGCGGCAAACGGCGUUAUGUGUCAACCUUCAGUAUGCAAAUCAAGCCGCCCUGUGCAUCGUCUGCACCGGGGGACGGGCCGGGGACUAUGGACACCAGGACCUCAGACACUUGCAUUGACACAGGAUCCGUUAACCUUUCCUGUCGUAAAUGUCUGGAUCCACCCGUCUUCAUAGAGCCGCUGCAGGACUGCUGCGUGGACGAAGGAAACGACAUCACGCUGCGGGGCGUUCUCACCGGAAGUCAGCCGAUCAAAGUGUCGUGGCUGCACAAUGGUGAAGUGGCCCGUUUUGGGAAUCCUUCCUUCAAUGGCAGGGAGAUGACUUUUGUGGUGAGGGAUUGCUUGCCUGAAGAUGCUGGCGCCUACACAUGCCUGGCAGAAAACAGUGCAGGGAAGACGUCCUGCUGUGCUGCUGUGUUCGUCAAAGACUUUGAAACUAUCUGUGGUGUGCAGAACCGUGUCUCAAAAGUCCCAACUUCUGCAUCUAAGAGCAUCGUGGAGAACGGAAGGUCACCACAGUCUCCCAAAGACGAGCUACCUGCAGGCUCUGAUGAGCUGAGCCCAGUUUUAACUCCAAGAGAAGUCGUCCCAAAGAAGAGAGCCAACUCAGCGACAGGUCCAGCAUUACGUUUUGAAAACCCUCCGCAGCACUUCGAGGUGAAGGUGGGACAAAGUGCACGAGUGACGUGUGUCUUCACCGGCAGUCCUCCUGUAGUGUCCUGUUGGAUUAGACACAAAGAGCAGAUAGUGGACGGUCCAGAGCUGUGGUCAGAAAAUACAGAUCGGAGCAGUACGCUGGUCAUUGCAGAGGCUAAACCACGACACACAGGCCGCUACACUGUUGUAUUAAAAGACCGCAAGAGCUCAGCCGAACACACGGUCACUGUUUCUGUCAUAGAGAGGCCUCAGCCUCCAGCCUCCAGUCCCGUGAUCUCCCUCGUCUCUGCCACCAGCCUUGUGCUCUCCUGGUCGGGACCGUGCUACGACGGCGGCAGCGCCGUCCUGGGUUACGUGGUCGAGGUAAAGAACCAAGUACGCGUUGAGGCUGGGGAUUGGCGCGAGCUAACUGCCCAGUGUAAGAGCACCUCAUACAGAGUGUGUUCUGGGCUGCAGCCUCAACAGGAAUACUGUUUCAGAGUGAAGGCCUACAACGCAGUGGGAGUGAGCGAGCCAGGACCGGUGUCGUCAGUGCUUAGCAUGGAGCAGAAAGAUUUAGACAAACCACAAGAAGAAGAGACCCCUCAAGCGUAUUCCUGCGUCACUAUUGACUCCUCACACAAAGUCACAGAUCACUACAGUUUGCAGGAGAAACUGGGAAUGGGAAAGUUUGGGCUGGUGUUUAAGCUAACCCACAAAGAGACGGGACGUGUGUGUGCAGGUAAGUUCUACAAGGGUCGACGCGCCAAGGAGAGGGAGGCUGCUCGUAAAGAGAUAGAGCUGAUGAACUACCUCCAUCACCCCAAACUGGUGCAGUGUCUCGCAGCGUACGACCACAAGCCUGAGAUGGUCAUGGUCAUGGAGUUCAUCGCAGGCGGGGAACUGUUUGAACGUAUCGUGGAUGACAGUUUUGAGCACACCGAGCUUGCUAGCGUGCGCUACAUGCAGCAGAUCCUGAAGGGAAUUGCUUACAUGCAUCAGCAGAACAUCGUCCAUCUGGACAUCAAACCUGAAAACAUUGUGUGCGUUGACACCACCGGCACCUCCAUAAAGAUCAUUGACUUCGGUUUAGCCUGCAGCCUCGGGAACACGCCUCUGAAGGUGAUGCAUGGGACUCCAGAGUUUGUGGCACCUGAAGUGAUCAACUAUGAGCCAGUGUGUUUGACCACUGACAUGUGGAGCAUAGGAGUCAUCUGCUACAUAUUACUGAGUGGCGAGUCUCCCUUCCAGGGAAACAACGAUGUGGAGACCCUCUCAUUAGUCACAGCUGCCCAGUGGGAGUUUGAUGAGGAGAGCUUUGAUGAGAUUACAGACGAAGCCAAAGAUUUCAUCAGCUCCCUGCUCAACAAGGACACCAGGCAGAGGAUGUCCUGUGAAGAAGCACUUGCUCACCCUUGGAUGGCUUUUGACUCUGGAGCUCUAGCCACCAGCAAAAGUCUGUCCAAGGAGAAGAUGAAGAGGUUUCUCGCCAGGCAGAAGUGGAAGAAGGCAGGUAAGGCCUUGUUAGCCCUGAAGAGAAUGGCUCUGCUGUCUAAAGGUGACAGCUCUGUAUCUCCCACCAGCCCUGGAGAAGAUUCCCCCCUGAGCCCAGAGGCAGAGCAUGCCCUGCUGUCUCUGGAGCGCAAGAUGCAGGGGCCACCCCAGUUCACCCAGAGCUUGGAGGACCAGAGCGUAGCUCAGGGAUCCUGUGCCCGUCUCUCAUGUCACCUCACAGGUUACCCGGACCCAGAGGUGGUGUGGCUGUGUGGUAAAGAGCCGGUGGUGGAGUCCCCCACAGUGCAGAUAGAGUACGAGGAGGAUGGACGCUGCACCCUGGUCUUAGCCAAAGUUGGCCCAGAGGACACCGACGUUUACACCUGUAGAGCAACCAAUGACCACGGGGAGACGUUCUGCUCUGCCAAACUCAUUGUUCAAAAGUAGAUUCAUAACGUCUACGCAUGCAGAGAUACAAUGUAUAAACAUAGUGUUCUCCAGAGUGCCUUGAGUUGUAUUGUAAAUUCUUGUUUUAAUAGAAAUGAGGAGCAAACUGUACAUCUUGUACUGUGGCAGGAAAUACAUAAUACCUGUGUUAUUGUACAAAAUGUAUGAACAGAUGAAUAUUGUUACAGAGCUACAAGCAUAUAUAAAGGUGGAUAUUUCUUUAUGGGACUCACUUUGAAUCACUUGUGAAUUCUGAUAUACUUUAAUUGUUUGUUGGGUAAAAUAAAAACUAUAUAUAUAAACUCUAACCAUCAUAUUGUAUGUAAAGCUAAACAUGUUUCGUGUUAUAUUUUCACAGUUCUGACACAAAACAUAAAUAAGCUUUUAGUCCAUCCAUCCAUCUAGCCAUCAGCAGGUCCAGUAGUGAACCCCAAACUUCUUCCCUAAUGUCUCCACUGAGUCCUGGGUCUUCCCCGGGGUCUCCUCCCAGCUGGAGGAACACCUCCCUAGGGAGGCGGCCAGGUGCCCGAACCAGCUCAAAUUGCUCCUUUCAACGCAACUACACUUUUAUUGAAAUACAAAAUCAAAGCACAGAAUUAAAAAAUGUAAUUAAAUUAAUAAAUAUGAGAGUUUGUGUGGCAAUGAGUGUCAUUAAAGGAUAAGACUGGUUAUAUUCUA